UCUCUCACUCUCUCUUCCUCAACAAAAUCCAUCUACACUCGCAAAAAAAAAAAAAAAAAAAUCUCUCUCUUUCUCUCUGUGCUUGAAGCUUCCAGAAUGGCUCGCUCAGGCGCUGCGAUUCUUGUGCUACUGGCCGCAAUGUUGGUGUGCUCCACUGUCGCACAAUCUCCGGCGUCUUCUCCGGCGUCCUCUCCCACGAAAUCUCCCCCGACGACUUCUCCACCGGCCAAGUCUCCCACCUCUCUGGCACCGUCUCCUGCCGCGAAUCCACCAGUUUCUGUUCCUUCUCCAUCUACCGUGAACUCUCCUCCGUCUCCGCCUCCGGCGUCCUCCGGGGCUCCGGCGAGCUCUCCCUCAGCGAUCUCCGCGCCACCAACUGAAGCACCUGGACCGGCUGUGAACGGUGCCGUUUCGAACAGCUUCGCAGUCGCCGGAUCUCUGGCUGUUGCAGUACUCGCUGGAGUUUUGGUUAUCUAGAUGAGCAUUUUACCGUCAGGCUUAUGGAUUCUUAAUUGUUUCUUUAUGUAAUUAAUUUUAUUUAUUUCGGCUAUUUAUUUUAUUUUAUAUCUGUGUUGUCAGAGUUUACUGGUUAUUCAUCGCUUCAUAUAUUUUUUAUUUAAAUUACUUGAAAUUAUCAGACA